CUAGGUGAUGUGCCAAGAGACUUCCUAGGAGUCCAGGACUCUGGGACCCUAAGGAGGAAUUAAGUACUAACAAGGCCACAUCCCUUCUUUGGGGUGGAGCCACAAAAGGAACCUCCACCCUAGUAGGCGGGGCCUCGUAGCCAGAGGUGGAGCUGAGAAUUGAGAGCUUGUUGUCUGCCCAGAAGGCCCACAGGGCCUCGGGGCACACCGAGACCAGAAGGUGGCGUCGGCGCGCAGGACCCGGCGUGUCCACAGACUGCCUUCUUUGGACCACGUUGCGGUGGUGGUAGAUCAAGGCUCCGGCUUCACCAAGGCGGGCUUCGCUGGGGAGAUCCAGCCUCGCAUUGUGCUGAAGAGCUCGAGUCUGAUGCCAAGCUGGGACCGGCCUGUACUGCCAGGAGCACCGGGUUGCGAGCUGGCGGGCGGCGUGGCGCGUGCGCACCCCAUCAAGCAUGGUGUAGUAGUGGACUGGGACGCACUGGAGGGACUGUGGGAGCGCCUAAUGGUGGGAGGCCUGCAGGUCCACCCAGAGCAGUGGCCUGUGCUAGUGAGUGACUCACCAUCAGCACCACCGGAGGGCAGAGAGAAAGCGGCAGAGCUGCUGUUCGAGGCCCUGACAGUGCCCGCGUGCCACAUGGCCAGCACGGCAUUACUGGCACUCUGCUCCACCGGAGCAUUCAGUGGGCUGGCUGUGGAGGCCGGGGCGGGCGUGUGCCACGCCACACCCAUUUACGCAGGUCAUUCGUGGCACAAGGCCACCUUCCGUCUGAACGUGGCAGGCAGCAGCCUGUCGCGCUACUUUCGAGACCUGUUGAUGGCAACGUGCCCUGAUCUUCAGCCGCAGGCUCUGCCCCGCAAGACCAUCACACAGCUCAAGAAGCGCUGCUGCUAUGUGUCCCUAGAUUUCCACAGGGAUAUCUGUAAUCCUGCCCGCCACCAGAGGGCCUGUUUUUGCCUGAGCAAUGGCUGCUAUGUGCACCUGGGCAGCGAGCGCUUUCGCUGCCCUGAACCCCUCUUCCAGCCAAGUCUCUUAGGCCAUCCUGAGCCAGGACUGCCCACAUUGGCCUUCCAGGCACUGCAGAAGAUACCCAUAACACUGCGGACACGGCUGGCCAAUACGGUGGUACUGGCUGGUGGUUCCACCCUUUUCCCCGGCUUUGUGGAGCGCAUGAACCUGGAGCUAGAGGCACAGUGCCAGAGGCAUGGGUGCCCGGCCCUGCAGCCCUGCCUGGUGGCUCAACCUGGGCGGGGCACAGCUGUGUGGACUGGAGGUUCCAUGAUGGCCUCCUUGCAGUCCUUUCAGUGCCGCUGGGUGACUCGGGCCAUGUACGAGGAGUGUGGUCCUUUUCUGGUGCGAGAAGUGUUCGAUUGAGUUUUAUAUUGAAGUAGAGUGGGUGCCACCAGGGGUAUUGCAGGGACAGAGGCUGCAACUCUGUCCUAGCAUGGAGAACCAGAUAAACAGAUUGAAGCGUC